AUGACGGUGACGAACGGCCACACCACCUCCAACAGCUCCUCUUCCGUACCCCCCAGCGGCGUUUGGGCGCCUGCAAUAACAUUCUUUAACCCAAACACCGACGACCUGGAUCUCCCCUCCCAGUCCGCCUACUAUGCCUAUCUUUCUACCACCGGGCUCUCCGGACUAGUAGUCCUCGGCACAAACGCCGAAACAUUCCUCCUCACACGUGAAGAGCGCAAGACUCUUCUGACGACGGCGCGCGAGGCUGUCGGGGAGACGUUCCCCAUUAUGGCGGGAGUCUCGGGCCACAGCACGAAACAAGUCCUGGAAUUUAUCGCGGACGCGAAAGAUGCCGGUGCAAACUAUGCCCUGUGUUUACCGCCAGGAUAUUUUGGGAAGCAGACGACGAUGGAUGUGGUGAGGGGGUUCUUCGACGAGAUCGCGAGGGAAAGUGAACUGCCGAUUGUGAUCUAUAACUUCCCUACUGUCUGCAAUGGCGUCGAUCUCGAUUCUGCUACUAUAGCAUCUCUAGCUAGGAAUUGGCCUGGUAAGAUCGUGGGUGUGAAGUUGACAUGCGGAUCUGUGGCAAAGAUCACUCGCCUUUCUGCUGAAUUACCCGCUGGGAGCUUUGCGACUUUUGGCGGACAAAGUGAUUUUCUGAUUGGAGGGUUAGCGGCUGGUGCGGUGGGCACGAUUGCCGGGUUCGCGAACGUGUUUCCCAAGACGAUUGUGAGGAUUUAUGAUCUGUACAUGGAGGGUAAGCUUGGAGAGGCAAUGGAAUUGCACAAGAGGGCGGCGUUGGCGGAGCAGCCGUGUAAGGCGGGCAUUGCGUCCGUCAAAUAUGCAGUGGGGAUCACCACCGCAAAGAAGGCGGGCAUUGAAAGACCACUAGAGAUGUUGAAGCCUAGGAAGCCGUAUAGGGAGCUGGAUGAGAAGGGAAAGGUCGCGGUUAUAGAGAUGACCGGGGGGUUGGUGGGGGUCGAGGAUAGCUUGUAG